GUCACCUGCUGAGGGAGACCAGGUACCGGAAGUGACGCCAGAGCUUCGGGUCAUCGCUAUUAGCCUUGUAGGACCGCCAUCUUUGCUGCUUCGGCCAGACACCGGUUUCCAUGCGGGAGGAACAAGGCAGAGCCAUGUGCAAGAUGAAAAGGGUGGCACCUGCCUGAGGAGCUGUGGUGCCUUCAUGGAACCUUGCCUCACACCAAGUUGUGCCAUGGGAAUAGUGAGGGAAACCACAGACCAAGAGGAUGGAAGUAUCAGUCAGACUCUGUGCACAGCAUCUUGCUUGAGAAAACCUCACUGGGAUGGGGAGAACGAUACAUUAGUGGAAGGGCUGGCUUCAGCAGAUAGAGAUUUAAGCAAGGCAGAACCAGCAGUUGCCCCUGCCGUGGAAACUUGUCUUCAGGAAGAAUGGCCAGAUCAGCAGAGCUCUUGCUGCAAGAAAAGACAUCUGGAAGAAGUGGAAGGAGAGCCGCUUCCUAAGCAGCUGAGAGGACAAGGAGAGAUGGGUCACAUGGAAGCUCUUGAUGAACAAUGUCCUUCCCCAGCUCCAGUCUCUGCUCUUUCAAAAGAGGUUCCAUCAACUAUCCCAUCCUUAAAGAAGCAUUCCCGUGGGCGGAAACCCCGAAAGAAAGUCUCUGUCUGCAAAGGUUCCAUUCCCAAAGAUCACAGGGGACCAAGUGAAGGCCCUGGGCCGUCUGAGAAUGGCUCCUCUCUUCCUGUUAAAGUGCCAAAGAAGCGAGGGCGCAAGUCCAAGGAAGAGCUGCUUUUAUUGAAGCUAUCCCAAGGACUGGAGAGUCAGUCACCUGAGUCCCUUUGCCAGCAGAAGUCUCUAUCCAGUAACGAGAACCUUGAUUCCCUUGAGACCGCACCUGGUGGACGCCCAAAGCGCCGUGCAGCUAAAGCAGCCCUUCUAUAUCUACAGGAACUCGCUGAAGAAUUGACAUCUGCAUACCAGGCUUCUCCUUGCAAUGAUACCUCAGAGGAUACCCCUAGAUCUGAGGAGCCUGGUAGGAAACGGCGAGGCCGAAAGCAGCAAGAGCAGAAGUUCGAAAAUGAGGAGGAUGUGGACUUUGUCCCUUCAGAAGAAAGUCUUCUAUGUGAGGAGGAAGAAGAGCAGAGUGACCCAGUGAUGAAUGAGGCCUUGAAGUCUAAGAAGGAGUCCAGCUCACGCAGAGCAGCGAGGUCCAAACCUCAGCGCCGAGAAUUCGCUUCCAAUGGCUUGCAUAAUUCCAUUAUGGACCCUAUAUGGAAGUCUUUCUCCGUCACUCACCGCUUGCGUGGACAGCACCAUUCUCACUGGGAGUUUCCAGAGUGGAUUCCUUCUGCCCAGAAGUGGGUCUUUCUCUCAGAGAGUGAAGCAGAUAAAUUCCUUCCUGCUGAGACCAAGUCCCCACUCUUCUCUAUCAAGAGGGAAGGUUUACAAGAAAACAGCAGUGUCUUCUACCGGAUUAACAGGUUUAAUGCCUUACAACCCCAUGAGGAGCGCUUAGAUAUGACUUUCUUUGUUGGGGGUCCUGUCUGGGCCUUGGAGUGGUGCCCAACCCCUGAAGGCUCUGUGGCAUCCCAGUAUGUGGCUAUCUAUUGCAAUCCCAGCAUGAAUGUUCAGCAUACUUUGUCACAGGUCCAUACAGGACCAGCUCUGCUUCAGCUUUGGGAGCUUGGACCUAUCCAGGAAGACAAAGGGUCUGUUACCAAGCCAGGACUUGCAUAUGCAAUUGCCACUGAUCAUGGUUGUAUUUGGGACAUGAAAUUUUGUCCCAGUGGAGCUUGGGAGCCCCCUGUCACUCAGCGCAAGCUCCCUCACAUGAGUCGGCUGGGACUGCUGGCUGUAGCCUUUUCUAAUGGCAAGGUGUUGCUGUAUAGCCUUCCCCAUGUGGAAGAUCUGAAUGCCUACCGAAGAACACAGGUAACAGGUGGGCCUUCCCCCCAGCAUGUCAUCUGCAAGGUCCAGUAUGUAGCAACUUUGCAGGUAGGCUCCAUUCAGGUUGGGAAUUCCUCUGAAUGUGGACAGUGCUUCAGCUUGGCAUGGAUGCCAACCAAACCUCACGAACAUCUGGCCACUGGUUUCUAUGAUGGUACAGUGGCUCUCUGGAACCUGUCCACCAAGUCCUUGUUACAAAGAGUGUGCCAGCGUGAUGGCUCCCUCAAGUUCUAUCCAUUCCAUUGCUUCCUGGCCCAUGACCAUGCUGUGCGCAACAUACAGUGGUGCAAAGCAAACAGCAAUUUCAUGGUGACUGCAGGGAAUGACCGUAAGAUCAAAUUUUGGGACUUGCGCCGACUGCACGAACCUAUCAACAAUAUCAAGCGUUUCUUAACCACAGAGAUUGCCUGGCUACUACCCUACAGUGGGAUCACAGUUGCACAAGAUAGCUGCUAUGCCUCGUAUGGACUGGGUGGGAUCCACUAUUUGGAUGCUGGCUAUCGUGACUUUCGAGCCUAUUUUGUGGUCCCUCGCAAAUGCACUGUAUGGAGUAUCUCUGGAUCUGAUUGGCUGAACACAGUGGCUGCUGGUGAUGUCACAGGGGAAUUGGUGGCUGCAGUGAUGCCUGAUCUCUCAGUCAACCCACAUAACAUCAAGCGGCCAUCAGACCGUCGAUUUUUCAUCUGCAAAGCAGUCUUACGGCCAAGUGACCCACUUGACAAGAGCACAACAGCGGCAGCAGCCUGCAAGAAGCCACAGGCAAUGGGCAGGACGCACAAUGAAUCAGUGGCCCAAAAUUUCAUUCUCUUCCAGGAUACUGAUCUGAGGACUUUCAAGAACCUCUUCAGGCAGAAGCCCCAGAAACACACACCAGCAGAAGAAGUAAAAGAGGGAGAUGUCCUGGGCCGAAUGCAGCUAGAAGCUGUACAUAAGGUGCGCUUCAGCCCAAACCUCGACAGCCAUAGUUGGGUAGCAUCAGGGGGUCAGUCUGGCCUUGUGCGACUUCACUGUGUUCGGGCAUUGGUUCCCCCCCGCAGCCACAAGCUUCUGCUUGAAUGUCAGGCCCAUUUCAGUUCCAUGUUUGAUGCAGAGAGACAGAUUGACUGCCCCACAACCAUCCUAUCUGGGGUACACAGUGCUGUCAGCUGAGUACCACCCAGGGCAGCUCUAUUUGGGGCAUCAGCAUACAUGGCUGAAGAGUUGAAGGCCUUUUGUGAGAGUCUUGGAGUUAUCAGAAUAUUAUACAGAAAACAAGCAUGAAAUACAGGAGGGCGUUGGCCAUAUUGAGACAGAUAAGCUGAAGAGAAUGACAAAGGCGGGGCUCAGCCAGCCUGUGAUGGGUGGAAUGUACUGGAGCUUCUAGCAGCACCUAUUGGAGGUCAGCCCCUGUUGUGGGAGAAGGGGCAGUUGAUGAGGAACAGUCCAUCCCCUUGUAUCUCUGCACUGUGCUUCUACUUCUCUCUUUGGACUCUCUCCUGAUGUUCUUGUGCAUGGCACAAAGCUCAGAAGGAAGGAGGAAUUCAAUCUCACUCUGGCUAGUCCAGUGGAAUAGUGUCCCAUAUCUCUUUUCCUGCAUAGAUCUCCUGGAGAUUGAGAUUGAAGCCUAGACCUGCUCUGAUUAAAGCAUCAACAAGACUCUCUUGCCCAGUCACUCAUCCUGCUUCUCCCACUCUUGUUGGUGACAAUAACCUUGCUCACAUUGAGCCAUUUUGUUGUCUUAACCAUUAUUAAAAUGUGUUUUGAUUUGUAAAGGGGCUAUCUUUCUUUGGAAAGGGCUUGAUGUGCCCCUUCUUCCCUGUGGUGAUAAAUGAGGAAAUAAGCCUAUGGAGUCUUUGGUGCUCUCUGAGCUUCAUUGUUAGCUUGCAGAUGUUUCUUUACCCAACUAGGUAAUAUCAUCAGUGCGAGUGAUAAGCCUAUGUGUGUCUUGUCUUCAAAAUGAGAGAGAUGGUUAAGAAUAGAGUGCAUUCUAGUUAUUUUUAUUUAUUUAUUUAUUUAUUAUUAAAUUUGUAUGCCGCUCAUCUCCCCCAACGGGUGACUUAUGUUAUGCUCUUGGGAAUCUGUUUUAGUUUUAAAGAGUAAAUUUCUACCAUUUCCUUUAUUGUGGAAAACUGCACAUCUGUGUAGUAUGUCAUUUCUAAGGAGAUUUCAGGCAAGACUCAACCCAUCAUCUCCAAAUGUCUUCCAUGGCAAAUGCUACUCACAUUCCUCCAUCAGCUGUAGACACCAAGGACUUCUUUCAAACAACAUAAAGAGUGGGUACCCAUAAAUUAUAUGGAGCCUCUCCAACUACAGCUAGUCCUCAACUUAUGACAAUUGGGACACCAGAACUUCAGUCGCUAAGCAGUGAGUCACGCCCAGUUUUAUGACUUUUUGCUGCUGUCAUUCAGCGAAUCACAGUCAUUAAGCGAAUCUGGCUUUCCCCCAUUGACUUUGCUUGUUGGAAGCCCCCUGGAAAGGUUGCAAAU